GAUGUCAUAUCAUUUUGACAGCUGCUUUUUUGACAUGUUAUUGUUUUCAUUGCACAAACGAAACGUUUUCUAAGGAUUGCGGGGAGAGCAUUUAGAGCAUUUAACUAACAAACAUGGAACGACCACAAAAGAUGCCAAAGGUGGCCAAGGUGAAGAACAAAGCACCCGCCGAGGUCCAAAUCACGGCUGAGCAACUGCUCAGGGAAGCCAAAGAACGUGAUUUGGAAAUCUUGCCACCGCCGCCCAAACAGAAAAUCUCCGAUCCAGCUGAAUUGGCUGACUACCAACAGAGAAAGCGUAAAGUUUUCGAAGAUAAUUUGCGAAAGAAUCGCAUGGUUGUAAGUCACUGGAUCAAAUAUGCCCAAUGGGAAGAAUCACAAAAGGAAAUUCAGAGAGCACGUUCCAUUUGGGAACGGGCUUUGGAUAAUGACCAUCGCAACAUUACAAUUUGGCUGAAAUAUGCCGAAAUGGAAAUGAAAAAUAAACAAGUAAAUCAUGCCAGAAAUCUGUGGGACAGAGCGGUGACGAUAAUGCCACGAGUCAAUCAGUUUUGGUACAAGUACACAUACAUGGAGGAGAUGCUGGAAAAUGUGGCCGGUGCAAGGCAGGUGUUUGAGCGAUGGAUGGAAUGGCAACCGGAAGAGCAAGCAUGGCAAACCUAUGUGAACUUUGAAUUACGUUAUAAAGAAAUUGAUCGGGCCAGGGCCAUUUACGAGCGAUUUGUUUAUGUUCAUCCCGAUGUAAAAAAUUGGAUAAAAUUUGCCCGGUUUGAGGAGACGCAUGGUUUUAUACAUGGGGCUAGACGUGUCUUUGAGCGGGCUGUUGAAUUCUUUGGCGAUGAUUACAUUGAUGAGCGUCUCUUUAUAGCAUUUGCCAGAUUCGAAGAAGGUCAAAAGGAACACGAUAGGGCCAGAGUUAUUUACAAGUAUGCUCUGGAUCAUUUGCCCAAAGACAGGACAAAGGAGUUGUACAAAGCCUAUACGAUACACGAGAAGAAAUAUGGCGAUAGGGCAGGCAUUGAGGAUGUCAUUGUCUCCAAGCGAAAAUUCCAAUAUGAACUGGAAGUUGCAACAAAUCCCCAAAACUAUGAUGCCUGGUUCGAUUAUUUGAGGCUUAUUGAAGGCGAAGGAGAUGUUGAUGUGAUACGAGAAACCUACGAACGAGCCAUAUCGAAUGUACCCCCAGCUAAUGAGAAAAAUUAUUGGCGUCGUUACAUAUAUCUCUGGAUAAAUUAUGCUUUGUAUGAGGAACUGGAAACAGAAGACAUGGAAAGAACUCGCCAAAUCUACAAAACGUGCCUCGAGCUGAUACCGCACAAAAAGUUUACGUUCAGCAAAAUUUGGCUAAUGUAUGCUCACUUUGAAAUCCGCUGCAAGGACUUGCAGAAAGCCCGCAAAACUCUGGGCAUGGCCAUAGGCAUGUGUCCGAGAGACAAACUCUUCAGAGGCUACAUUGAAUUGGAGAUACAACUGCGAGAAUUUGAUCGCUGCCGUUUGUUGUAUGAAAAGUUCCUUGAAUUUGGUCCAGAGAAUUGCGUUACAUGGAUGAAAUUUGCAGAAUUGGAAAAUCUUUUGGGUGACACAGAUCGGGCAAGAGCCAUAUAUGAAUUGGCCAUACAACAACCUCGCCUCGAUAUGCCAGAACUGUUAUGGAAAGCCUAUAUUGAUUUUGAAGUUGCCCAAGCGGAAUACGAAUUGGCAAGACAACUGUAUGAACGUCUGUUGGAACGCACCCAGCAUGUUAAGGUUUGGAUGUCAUACGCCAAAUUUGAGCUAACCUCCCAGUUGGAAGGCGAAGAGGAUCAGGAAAUGAAUGUGCGUCUAGCUCGCCGAAUAUAUGAAAGAGCCAAUGAUACUCUGAGACAAUUGCAAGACAAAGAGUCCAGGGUAUUGCUGUUGGAAGCGUGGCGUGAUUUUGAACGUGAAUCCGGCGAUCAACAAAGCCUGGAAAAGGUUAUGGACAAAAUGCCACGACGUGUCAAGAAACGUCAAAAGAUUAUCUCCGAAGCGGGUGUGGAGGAAGGUUGGGAAGAGGUAUUCGACUAUAUAUUUCCAGAGGAUGAAAUGGCCCGACCCAAUCUCAAAUUGUUGGCUGCUGCCAAGAUGUGGAAAAAGCAAAAGGAAACAGUGGAAGAGCCAACUAGCAGAGUUGUUGAAAACAAUGAAACCCCUGCCCAGCCAGAAAGUCAUGCAAAAGGCGAUGAGGGUAGUGAAGAAAUUAUUGCAAAUGAAACGAGUGAUCCAUCGUCGAAUGACAAAAGUCCUAAUGCCGGAUAAAUUCUGUAAGGUUUUGCUAACAAGUUUAGGUUUAAGUUUUGUAAUAAAUUUUAUUUUUAAAUUGA